AUGGAAGAAGAAGAUUUGAAUGAAUUCCUCAAAGAUAUUGAGAAUGAUGAAAUAGUUGUGAAACGGCAUAAACCAAAACGAUCGCCCAAUAAAAAUAAAUCAAAAAAUGUCAAUCUCGUUGAUUCAAUCAAAGAUCAAGUUUCGGAUGGCGGUAUUAACCUAGACUCAGAAGAUAUGAAUUUUAUAGAAGAAUUAAUACAUAGUACAGAUCUUGAUAAGGAAAAUAUAACUGAUGAAAACAAAGAAGGUCAAUUUCAGAUCGAUUCAUAUAAUCAUGUUGGACUAAGUCCAUCACCACGCUCACCAGUAAAAUCUACGGAUGCAUCUAAACAUUGCGCAGAUAUUUUUAUUGGACCUCCUAGUUUACUACCAGGCAUUACCAUUUCUCCAUUAGAACCUCACUUUUGUAAGAACUUGCAGUGCAUUAACUGUGAUCACAUUGUAUUACGUUUUCCAGACCGAAAAUGGGCAUCUAAUGUCGAUUAUUUAUUCCUCAGAAAUAACUACCCGAAUAAGGUAGACUCACGACUUGUUCCUUCUCCAGGAUUUUGUGCUUUUUGUUGUCAAUGCACUUUUAAAGAUACUGACAAGCUAGAGAGGCUCGGACACUUCGAUUCUGACUGGGUUUGCAGAGGUCAUUAA